AUGCUACACCAUAACUUCACUACUCACCGGCUUUGGCCAUGUUUCACAUUCUUCUCGCUGCUUGCUCCUAUUCCAAUCCCCUCCAUUCACCCAACAACUUGUCAUUGUCAUCUUGGUCAGUUCAGACUCCCGCAGCGUUCGUCUGGCCGACACAAGCGAGCCCUCGUCACUCCACUCCACCCACCCACCAACAGUAAGCUAGUCGUCGAGCCAACUUCACGGGCUCGCUCCUGCCACUGUGGCGUUCUAGCCCAGUUUGUCCUAUGA